AUGGAGAUGGGGUCCACCUCGGGCACAUCACCCUUCUCAAGCUGUAUAACACAAAAGGAAAAGGAAAAGGAAAAAAGGAAAAGAAAAAGUAAAACUACUAUUUACCGGAAAUCAACAGACACAGGGACAGUCCUGAACUACUCAUCAGCACACGCAAAGUCUGUGUACGCCAGUAUUGCCUCAUCGAUGUUUAGUCGAGUUGGAGUGCUGUGUACGGAAGAGAUCGACCGAACAACUUCAGGAAACAGGAUAAACAGUGAGUUUGAUCAGACCGUAACUAAAAAGGAUAUUGGUUCCGGUAUCAAGAUCCAAAACGGGAAAACGCUACGCUCAGUUUUGGUGCAGUUCAAAGCUCCUCUGUCGGCUGAAAGCGCUAGAGACUGUGUGCAUGAAAAUAUUGCAAUGAUUGCAUUAGGAGGAUUGCGAUUCAUACCACAGCGACUGACAGCCGAGGCAGUGGAAAUUACCGAGCAUCACAGCGCGAAUAAAAUCGAGGUUGUGGAAUUGGCGAGUGGACAAGAUGUGCCCCUGCGUUCUGUUGGGCCAUUCAUCACCGACUCUCAACUGGACACUGAAUGCGUGGGUUCUGGUAUUUCGCCAACUUUCUAUAAGAACCUCGCCACUUCUACUCUCGGAGAAUACGCACGAAUCCCGACAGAUACGGACAAUCUACAUGCCGCCUACACUCCAGAGUCAGUGAGGGCCUGUUAUGUGAGAAUGAGGCAGGUCUACGAAGCAGUUGAACAAGACCGAAUAGGAAAGGCUACCUUACUGAAAAAUCUUCAUUAUGCCAUCAUGGUUAUGGAGUCUACCUACAUUUCAGAGAGGCGAAGAAUCCGCGAAGAAGAGGAAGACUUAUCUGAAGCGGCCACGGAGUUUGUUCCAGACGAAGUCCGUGACUGGUUGGCCUCAACGUUCACCCGAACACAGGCACUCAGUGGUAUCGGAAACCAGAAACCACGAUUCCGCAGUGUGGCCAAUGCGAUCCGGGCCGGCAUAUUCGUCGAA